CGGCGCUGAUACAAAAUGCGCCGCGACCGCCUCCGCCACAUCGGAGCAUCGGGUCGGGGAGCCAUGUCGGACGAGCUGAGCGAUCUGCUGCGGGAGUUCGAUGAGGUCGUCGAGGGCUUCGACAGAGGCCCCGCGAGUCAGUAUGAGCGGCACUUGGAGGAGCUGAAGAGGAAAGCGGGCCACAGUGUGUACGACAGCGGCAUCGAUGAGCUGGAGAGUACCAGCACAUCCCCAGCAAGCAGCUUGAACUCCAGUGAGGAAGAUCUCAACACCCACACUGGUCCUUACUCCUCUAAAGCUAAGCUUGGAGACACGCAGGAGCUGGAGGAGUUCAUUGCGGAUCUGGACAAAGUAUUAGAGGAGAUGUGAGAUGUGGUUUUGGUGGAAAGUUUGGAGAAGGAUCCACAGCAGAUACACCGAGUGCCUCCCUGAUGUACCUAAUGCUUCUGUGUCCCUGCCAUCCUGCAGCUGAGUGGGUAACAGCUCCUCUGUGCUAUGACAUGCUAUUUCAUGCCAGGGAAGGACAAUCCCAGCCACAAACAUGGACUGAUCCUGCCUCGACAACUGCUUCUUGCUCCAGCAGUGGGAGAACUGGAAUGUGUUUCUGGUGCUGUGGGGUUGGGGACAGCUGCGCUUGUGCCAGUCUCAUGGCACUGGCAAGCUUAGGCCUGCAUGUUCAGCUCUGCAUGUUCAUGGCACCCCAGUCAAGGAGAAGGAGGGGCUCCCCAGACCCCGGGGCUGGGCAGGGCAGGCUGGCAUAAAGGCAGUGGGAGCCUGAGGAUGGUCCUCAACAUUACUGUGGACACAGCCAUGGAACAGCGCUUUCAUCCUUGCCUUGGGCCUGCCAUGAGAUCUGCUGAGGUCUGCUGGCUAGCAGCUGUGAAUGAUGACAUAGUCAGCUCUGCUUUAAUUGCUGGGCUUCAGUCUGCCUCCAUAUGCAGGACAGGACUCUGCUGGCACUAAGAUAUGAAACCCUCUUGGUGAGGGCAUCAGGCUAUGCUCUGAAAGAGGGACUCGUGGCUGCUGACCAAGUGGAUCUGGGGAAUUUAUCCUCUGGAUUCAACAGUGGCAUGAUGGUGAUAUGGGUGAAGAUCAACUAGCAGUGCUUCACUGACACCUUGGUGUCCUCUCCUGGUUCAGGAAGUCUGUCCCUGCAGCAGUAUGUCAGGCAGUGGCAGCCAUUGCUGGCCUGUUGCUUCUCUUGGGUAUCUGCAAGUAAGGCCCCUGCCUGGACCCCAAGUGCCUCUACCCUGACUUCUGCUGUCAAUACUGUAACAAUGAUGAUGUACACUGUACAGUUAAUAUAUUUUUAUGAACGGGA